AUGGUACCCUGGGAGAUUGGCAGCUUGGAGGGGACUCAAGCCGGUGUCUCUGAAUCAAGCAAAGCCAAGAAACCUUGUUUAGAUUUAGAACAAGUCAUACAGUCCAACAAUGAUAUCAAUAUUGAAGCUGGUGGAGCCCAUCAAAGCAAGGGAAGAUACAUGGAUUGGGAUGCACCCCAAGUGAGCCGAAGAACACCAUUUCAUCCAAAAGAUGUCCUUACCUGGAAAUCAGAGGAAACCCUUGCAAACAUGUCAUUAGAGGCUUAUGCACCCCUCACACCCAGGCUUUUUGGAUACCAAGGAGAUGAGGAAACUAUUGCAGAACUGAUUAAUUUUCUGAACUCAGUACUUGAGAGGCAUCCCAGCAAAAUGAAAUUUGCUCCUGAGGAUCAAGAUCAUCCAGGAAUGGCUCAAUUUCUAAAAGAUCAGGUCCGGAGCCUGAUUUAUGGGACUGUUUUUUUCCUUCGUGACAAAGGUAUAGAGAAUUAUGGAAACAAGUAUGGUCUUUCAAGUCGCGCUCAUCCAAUGAGAAUGGUGCAAUCUGUGAUUGCAGAGCUUGAUGAUCUUCAAUUGGAAAAGGCCAUGAAUAAUAUAUCAUUGGAGCAAUUCUUUGGAGUGGUACCAAAACUUUUUCCCACUUUGAAGGGGCCAGCCGGAGAUGCAUGGAAGGAUAUCAUAAGAAACAACCCUGAGAUUGGGAAACCUGGCCAAGAAAAAUGGCUAUACACACUCAUUCAAAAAACCAAGGCAGAGUUUGAUAGAAUGAAAAUUCGAUAUAAAAACCUUGGUUUUGCAAAUAUUGAUGAUCCAAGCAAAUUGGUCAACACAGUUAUUUCAGAAAUGAAUCAAGCAAAAGAAGCCAUGCAACCACCCUCGUCCCCCCGAGCAGAGCCAUCCACGCUGGCAUUCGUUCGACUGAAUCGGAACAGGAACGUCUAUCGGCGGACCAACAAACAGCUGGUCAUCGAUGUCGACUCAGACUCAUCCAACCAGGACGACGAGCCGGCAGCGCAGACACGCCCUCCCAUUGUAACCCAAACACCCAUCCAGCGAACAGCCCCAAGCCACAUCUCGAUCGACUCAGACACUGAAUCAGACCACCCGUCCCCAUCGAAGGCCCAGUUACCCCAAAGGCCAGUCAUCAUCUCAAUCGACUCCGACACUGAAUCAAACCAAUCCACCCACCAAUCCCCAUUGGCUAAGCUACCUCCGAGAAAAGUAUCAAAUAUCCAUAAUGACUCGCCCCUGAACCGAAAACUCACUCGGCUAUCCAAGCCCCCCAAUCAUCCAAGCACAGUCCAACUAGAACCUCGACCUAGUCAACCAGUCAAGCCAAAACCGCGUCACAGGGUGGUCUUUGUCAGAACUUUGCCACACUCUCCAGUCGUACUGAUUCCUCGGAUACCAAGGAAAUUAAUAGCCGCGCAAAAGCAUGUUCUUCAGCCCUCGCCGACACAGCAGGCACCUACAAUCGAUCCUCAUCCACCUCCUCAAAAUGACGCGCCGGCCGUUCAACCCACCGCUGCUGCCGCUCCACGCGAAGUUCGUGGGCGAAUGUCCAUGGUCACCGGCUCGGCCAGAAGAAGUCGCUUCCUGGAUUUACUGCAGUCUCAAAAACUGCCCCCUGGCUCAUCCCCUCUGAGACAUCCCAGUCCUCAGACCCCACGCCAACUAGUAGUCCCAAUCUCAUCACGCAAAAUUUCAUGCCACUCUCCGCUGAUCUCUCAUCAUCAAAUAACCAACAGAAGUCCCUACGUAAACCGCGCGAUCAAUGAUGGAAUCUCAAGUCUUCUGCAGAUCUGUAAUCAAACGCAUGUCCUUAACUUUACUACGACCGUCGAGAGCAUCGAGAAGAAGGCGGUCUCAAAUCGACUAUCUAAUCUCCGGACCAAGACCAAAGGAAAGUGGGAGAAGAUUGGCGAAGCGACCUACUCCGAAGUGUUUUGUUGGUCUCCUAACCAGCUUGGGGUUUCACACGAGAGCGGUGGGAACGACAAGAAAUCGCUGGAAUCUAAGAUUGUCAUGAAGAUCAUCCCGAUCAAACGGCUGAAGAAGUCAUACCUCAAAGCCCAAGUGACCACCACCACCACUACUACUAGCGUGAUCAAUGAGAAUCGAAACGAGUCUUCGCCGGAUGAGAUCGGUAAUCAAUCUCUGGAAAAUGAAUUCCCACUGGAAACUGAUUGUCUGGAUGCCGAAAAGGAAAUCAAACUGGCUCAAUUGCUGGGCUCUAAGUCAGCCGAAGGAUUUAUCGAUUUUAAAGGUUGCUUUGUGGUUUCAGGUGAAUACCCCCGAACCUUAUUGAAAGAAUGGGAUAAGUACCGGAAAAAGUUUCCAAAACUAGCUGAAAAUCCGAGGCCAGGUAAAUUUGCAGCCACUCAGCUGUAUUGUUGCUUAUUAUUUGCACAUGCAGGUAAAGAUCUGGAGGCGUCAACUUUAAAUGGAUGGCAACAAGCUGCUAGUGUCCUUGAACAAGUUACCCGUGCUCUAAGUCAGGUUGAAGAUGAGUAUGAAUUCGAACACCGAGAUUUACAUUGGGGAAAUCUUUUGAUCCAUUCAGUAGAACCGCCUCCUUCACAGCUUCCACGCCCGACAAAUACUAACUGCAAGAGUCGAGUGAAGAUUGCCGAGGUGGAUGUCAGCGAAUUAACCAACUCCAUGGGUGGGAUCGGAUUGAACAAACCUUCAACAGCUAUCACAGACCCCUUAGAGCCAGAGACUAGCGGUGUUGGGGUAUCGAUCAUUGAUUACGGUUUGUCAAGAGCCAAGAUAGUCAAUAAUAAGGCUGGUAAUACUUACUCUAAGGUCAAGAAGGGUGGCCCAAAAGCCUUGCCCGUCAAAGAUCAUGAGAUACUUUGGACUGAUCCUGAUCACGACAUCUUUGGCGCUUCGGGUGGCGACUAUCAAUUCGAUUGUUAUGACUUGAUCAAUCUUACCAGAGAAAAUAAACCUUGGUCGGCGUUUAAUCCCAUAAGUAAUAUCAUUUGGUUACAUUAUCUAACGAAGAAAUUGAUCGAAGAGAAAUCGAUUGCUAGACCGACAUUCAGCGAUACGACGACCACACAAAAAGAUAGACGAAAAACGACGACGGCCGCGGCGGCAAGAGGGAAACGAGCAACUGCUAAUCAGAAGCUGAAAGGCAAGAAUGCAAGGUAUAGCAGCCAUCCGAGCACCGAAAGGAAUGGAGGGCAAGAAGAAUAUGAGAACGGGAUUGAUAUGGAUGAGGAAGCGAAGAAGAUGGAGCGGAAAUCGAGGAUCGAACGCGAAUGCUACCACCUCCUCGUUGUCUCUCAACGCUUCUUGCACGACCUGAUUCAGCUCAAAGUCGAGCGUAUUCACCAACGUUCAAAUCGAGUUUCGGGCGCUACGACGGGCGGGGAACAUAACGAGGAUACUCAAAAACCUCUGAAACCAUCAACCACUCUUCUCUCUAGGUCCUCAUCCCGCGCAGCCCAUGUGGAUGCCGAUCAGCGACCACAGACGAAAGCGCGAUCGAUGGCCGUGCCCGACGAUGUGGACGAGCGCGCCGAGAAGCUGGCCCUCUUUCGCCAGAUCUUACGGCCGGCUGCAGCUGCUGCUGCCCCCCACUCCGAUCCUAAACCCCAGGCCGAUGCCCGGCUCCUCCAAGACGUCUCUCUCAACGCGGCCAUCGACACCAUGUAUACCACCGUCAAUCAGCCCUUCUUGGCCCAGGUCACUGACGCUUUCAAGAAGAAAAAGGACAAAGAACCCUCUUUCACCUCGUUCUUUCUGGACUGGUUCACCGCUUACAAAGCUCAUGCCCUUGGGUAUCUAUCAGUAUAA